UUUGGCCUCCCGGCAUUAAAACAAGCUUUGUUCUUCUCCGUUCCAACAAAAAGUGCCCGACAGACCCGGAGAGCUGCGUCACCGGGGACGCACAUGGCACAUAGACACACAGGUGUCCGCACUAUACAAACACUGAACGCCACCCAGAAGCAACGCCCAGAGAGCUGAAGAAGAGAACAAUGGCGAGUGCAUCAGAGCUGAUGCUGCUCGGCACGGCGGAGAGUCCGUUCGUGGUCCGCGUCCGCAUGGCGCUCCACAUGAAAGGACUCCCCUACGAGUACCUCCAGCAGGACCUCUUCGACAAGAGCGACCUCCUCGUUAGCUCCAACCCGGUGCACAAGAAGGUGCCCGUGCUCAUCCACGGCGGCAAGCCCGUCCUCGAGUCGCUCGCCAUCGUGCAGUACAUCGACGAGGCCUGGAGCGGCAAGGCCGCCACCAUCCUCCCCGCGGACCCUUACCAGCGCGCCACCGCUCGCUUCUGGGCCGCCUACGCCGACGACAAGCUGUAUGACGCUUACGUCGGUAUUAACCGAGCGGUGACGGAGGAGGGCAGGGCGGCGAAGGUCGUCGAGACAUUGGCAGCGGUCGAACAAUUAGAAGCGGCGUUCGCGCAGAGCUCGAACGGGAAGCCCUUCUUCGCUGGCAACUCCGUCGGGUUCCUCGACCUCGCGGUGGGGUGCCACCUGUUCUGGCUCGAGACGAUGGGAAAGAUGUCCGGCGUGGAGUUCGUCGACACCGGCAAGACGCCGCUGCUGGCAGCCUGGGCGAAGCGUUUCGGGGAGACCGAGCCGGCAAAGCAGGCCGUGCCGGAGCUGGACGUCGUUGUGGAGUAUGCCAAGAAGCGACGGGCUUCUCGUGCCGCUGCUGCUGCUGCUGCUGCGGCGGCGGCUACUGCCAAUUGACUGGCUUCGGAGUUCAGAUCAGCCCGAUCGAGUUGUAUCAACGAAUCUAUCUCGAGGACUCGAACGGGAUGCAUAUUGCUAUGUACUUACUCCGUAAUAAAGAGGAAAACCCGUGGAAAUGGAAUCAUUUUAACCAUUCGUUUA